CAAGAAAGGAAAAAACUCAUGGUGGUGGUGCACGGUCGAAAGGAGGGGGUACUCUAUUUUGCUAUUAAUCGGAUCGUCGAGAUUUUGUGACCACAGACUGCACCUGAUAAGCAAUUGGUUGACUUCUUCUGGAAAGGACCGUCUCAAAAGUUGGAUUUAUUCGAGUUACAUGGGUGAAGUGCUGCGGAGACUGGACGAUAGGCACCGCUCGGCUUAAGAGAGCAACGCUGGAGUUUUGGGCACUAUCCCUGAGGGUCUUAACUUAUUCUCUACAUCUUUAACUGUGUAGUGGACUUUUUUAUAACUACGUAAUAAGUCACCGAUAUAGUUUGCCUAAGUUUUAAUCAGUUUUGCUGCUGCUCUAUUGCUCAGCGGUUAUUUUGAGAGCUAUCCGGGCGCAGUGUCCUUUAACACGUCGUUGUUGCAUGUUUUCAAACAUGUUACCAAAAGCAGCUUUGUUGCCUUAAAAUGUAGUUCAAACCCUUCGUGUGAACUCCUUUUUGACUUGAAUUUCAUCUACAGUCGGAUAGAAGUCAGUUGUAGUCUACUUUUGUUGGUUGUUCUGUGAAUCACCUUUGAUUUUUUCUGCCCGCGUCGGACUCAAGAGGAGAAAGUUGGAGUGGGAACUCCUGUCCUCAAUGACUGUUAUUACGACUGAAAACAUGUUACUACACUACAUUUUAUACUAGCCUCUGUUAGCACAAAGACUAUUAAUGUGCUGUAAAAGGCAUCCAGUCUCUCCAAAGCUGCAGUAAUAUUCACACUUUGUGGGGACGAGGAGACAGCUCAGCGGCCGCGCUAUUAAAACUGGAUACAAAAUGGCGGCGUCCCUGGGACGAUUUGGAUAUGUUUCUCGUUGUGCUUUUUAUUUAAUUUUGUCGCUCCAACUGUUUAUCAGUUAUGGAUUGAGCUCGGACUUGCCGUGUGCUCAGAACUGUACGUGCAGCGGAGAUUCAGUGGACUGUAGUAACCUGGAGCUGACAGCUACGCCUCUGGACCUUCCAGUCCGGACUGUCUCCUUAAAUCUUGGACACAACAGGCUGACUUCGAUUGAUGUCGAAGCUUUGGACAACCUUCCCAACUUGAGAGAGCUGCGGCUGGACCACAAUGAGCUGACCUCCGUACCAGAUUUAGGACAGGCCGCUUCCAAGAUCGUAUCUCUCUACCUACAUCAUAAUAAGAUCCGCAGUAUAGAUGGCAGGCAAACCAGAGAGCUGGUCUCUGUGGAAACCCUGGACCUGAGCAAUAAUGACAUCACUGAGCUUCGCGGCCACUGCUUUCCAUCGCCUCUCCAAAUCAGAGACCUGUACCUGAGCAACAAUAAGAUCAGUGUGCUGGAGCUUGGAGCUCUGGAUCAUCUGGGAUCAACUCUACAGGUCCUGAGACUGAGCCGAAACCGCAUCAGCCAGAUCCCGGUCCGAGCCUUCCAGCUCCCGAAACUGACCCAGCUCGAGCUGAACAGGAACCGUAUUCGUCAGGUGGAGGGUCUGACCUUUCAGGGUCUGUCCAGCCUGGAGGUCCUCAAGCUGCAAAGAAACAGCAUCAGCAAACUGACGGAUGGAGCCUUCUGGGACCUUGCCAAGAUGAAAGUCCUUCACCUGGACCACAACAGCCUGACAGAAGUGAACAGUGGCUCACUGUACGGCUUGACUUCCCUGCAGCAGUUAUUUCUCAGUAACAACUCCAUAGCCCGCAUCAACGCUGAUGGAUGGAAGUUCUGCCAGAAACUGAGGGAGCUGAAUCUGUCGUACAACAACUUGACUCGUCUGGAUGAAGGCAGUCUGGCCGUGCUGGGGGAUCUCCACACUCUCCGUCUGGGACACAACUCCAUCAGCCACAUCACAGAGGGAGCCUUCAGAGGCCUCAAGGCUGUGCGCGUCUUGGAGCUGGACCAUAACGACAUCUCAGGCACAAUAGAGGACACCAACGGGGCCUUCUCUGGAUUGGACAGCCUCAACAAGCUGACUCUGUUUGGAAACAAGAUCAAGUCAGUGGCCAAGAAAGCCUUCUCCGGUCUGGAGACCCUGGAACACCUGAACCUGGGAGAGAACGCUAUUCGCUCCAUACAGCCCGAUGCCUUCAGUAGAAUGAAGAACCUCAAAACCCUUCUCAUUCAGAGCGACAGCUUCCUUUGUGACUGUCAGCUCCACUGGCUGCCCGACUGGUUGGUGACACGUGGUUUGCAGGCAGGGGUCAACGCCACCUGUGCUCACCCAGAGACCCUGAAGGGGAUCAGCAUCUUCCAGGCUCCAUCCAGCAGCUUUGUUUGUGAUGACCUCCCAAAACCCCAAAUCACUGUGCAGCCAGAAACCACAGUGACAGUCCUGGGCAGUGAUGUAAAACUCACCUGUACAGCAGCUAGCAGCAGCUCCUCCCCCAUGACCUUUGCUUGGCGUAAAGACCAGGAGCUGCUUCGCAAUGCUGAAACAAAAAACUACGCCCAUGUACGUGCUCAUCAUCAAGGAGCAACAUCUGAUGCACCAGGGGCAGGCGGAGGCGUCAUGGAGUACACUACUAUCCUGCACCUGCGGCAUGUCACCUUCGCCCAUGAGGGCCGUUAUCAGUGCAUCAUCACCAACCACUUUGGCUCCACCUACUCCAGCAAGGCUCGCCUUAUUGUGAACGUUCUCCCCUCCUUCGUAAAGACGCCCAGGGACAGCACCAUCAGAACGGGACACACAGCACGACUUGAGUGCGCUGCUGAGGGACAUCCAGCGCCACAGAUCGCCUGGCAGAAAGACGGUGGCACAGACUUCCCGGCUGCCCGUGAACGACGAAUGCACGUCAUGCCUGAUGAUGAUGUCUUCUUCAUUAUGGACGUCAAACCGGAGGAUAUGGGUGUCUACAGCUGCACAGCCAAAAACACAGCAGGCACCGUCUCUGCCAAUGCCACCCUCACAGUACUAGAGACCCCCCACCUGGCCCAGGACCUGGAGGACCGUAGCGUAGUGGUUGGAGACACUGUGGCUCUGCAGUGUAAGGCCCUGGGCAGCCCUCCACCCCGCAUCACUUGGUUGCGCAACGACCAGCCGCUGCGCCCAUCCGACAGACACCACUUCACCCCAGGAAAUCAGCUGCUGGUCAUCGGCUCCGCCUCCCUGGAGGAUGCUGGUCGCUACACCUGCCUCAUGUCCAACACACUGGGCACGGAGCGUGCUCACAGCCAGCUGGUGGUGACGCGGCGUCGCAGUGCAUGUCCAGCACCAGCAGGGCCGAGCACAGUCACUAUCGGGAUCAUCGUCAUCGCCGUGGUUACGAGUAUUGUGUUGACAUCGCUGGUGUGGGUGUGCAUCAUCUAUCAGACCAGGAAAAAGAGUGAGGAGUGUAGCGUCACUAACACAGAUGAGACAAUUGUUCCUCCAGAUGUACCCAGCUACCUCUCCUCCCAGGGCACACUCUCCGAGCGGCAGGAUGUGUGUAUCCGUGUGGAGGCAGCUGGUGGACCUCAGCCCAACGGACACGUUGUAGACACCACAGGAUUCGACGGUGCUGUGCUUUGUACGGACUGUAUGGAGAACAGCAGCAACUACUCCAAAGAUCCUGAUUACCUGCCGCACAGGUUCGGCCCUGUUGGAGGGAUGGAGUACCAGCAGCACUCUGCACCCCCAGUACACUCUUACUGCCACCCAGGGGAGCAGAACGACACAGGGACACCAUCAACCCCGCUCUGCAACGGGACACCCAAUGGGAUCCGAAAGGACUUGCAUGGCUAUCCAAAAAACCACAACACGUUACAACUGGGUGACAGAAAAGUGCCGUUGAGCUCUCCAUCACAGGACGAGUCCUUCCACAAGCCGGUGAAGCUGGGUGCUGUGACGUGCCACAGCCACCUGGACAGUGACUGUGAGCCCGAGCUCAGACAGACUCUGCUAUCCAAUGGACACACCCUCAGAGCCUCUCAAAAUGAGAGCGCCCCCCUAAGGAGAGCCAGCGACUAGCAGGAGCUCACCCAAAACUUGGACUCACAGAAGCCGAGUGAAAUAUACUUUUUUUUUUUUGCACUGGGAAAUACAUGAACUGCUACCUCAUACCGAGGCGAAUCAUCCUAAACCUCCUGGGUUUGAACUGAAAGGGAGAACCAGGAGAGAGAGGGGCAUCCGGAGUGUGAAGGCGGAGCUUGUGUGGGUGGCGUCCCAUCUGAGCGUAUCAGCUGUACAUAGUUAAAAACCUUCGUUUGGGAGGUGACCAAUAAGAAUUCUAGCUCCAGAAAAUGUGACUUGCAUUUGAAGCAUGUAAAUGUAGGGAAUCUUGUACAGUGUAUGUAUGUGCAGGGGAUAAAAAAGAGAAAUAUACCUUUGGACAUUUGACUGUACAUAAGAGUUUUCUUAUAUAUUAUAUAACUUUUACAAAAGAGUAUUUGAAUUUAUGUGCAUGACAAAGAAAGGAGUGAUGGUAUUUUUAUUUUUCUUCAAAAAAACAGCCUUUUUCAGCUUUUACCAACGUUCAGCUGCGGUGCCUUAUUGCAUGAUCAAAGAAAACUCAAACUAUAUCAGAGACUUUUGUGAGAGAUACUGGUACACUCUUUAUAGCAACACUUGAUUGCACUUGAAUGUUUUUUUGACAAAUGCUGCCAAACACGGCCUUACAGAAACACAGUUCACACGCAUUGUUUAUUUGAAUGAAGGAAGAGCUUUUAUGUGAAAUAUUUUGGUACGUCUGAUGGUUCAAACUGGGAUAUUGGAGGGCGAUCAGUCGAAGCACUUUUAUAAUCAAUUCAUACACAAGCAGAUAUGACAUCUGCCAAUAGGAACGCAGGAUCAUCCUCUGUGUGAAGAGAUAUUUCUCACAUACUUUACAGUUAAGGCUCUUCCACCUGUUUUACUUAAAGGUACUGCGAAGCUGCUCUGAUCUAGCUAAGAGAAAAUAUUCUUCUCUAAAUGAUCUCUUACUUGUUCAAGAUACCUGGCACAAUUUUGCAACAAAAUGUGAGCAAAUGCUGGCCAACAGUUGUGAUCUAUUAGUACUGAUCAGUCAUAAAUUCUUUGUCACAUUCAAAAAGAAACCUACUGCAAAGCGACUUUAUUUAAACGGUCAGAUGCUCAAUUCUUACAGCUGUUUCAGACUGGCUGCCUGUUUUGCUGCGCACCUGUUCCAUAUGCCCGUGGUCAGCGGCUUUCAUGACUUUGCUGCUUGUCGGCCGUGUCUCCCCCUGUCAAAGCUCUGUCAUUCUUAAGUUUAACCUCAGUUAACCGUCCUACAAGUGACUUGAUUCAGUGCUGAAUGAUGUGGGAAAACAAGCUAAAUGAGAUUUUUUUCCCAACAUUGCAUUUGCGAUUUAUCAUGCAAUUAUUUUUUAAGUUCAUCAUAUGUAUUUUUCAGCAAACAAGAACAGUAAAUCAUUUUAUAUUAUAAUCAAAACAAGAGAGUUUCUCCAAAGAAAUUCUAAACCACGCAUUUACUUUGAAAGUGUACUCGUACUAUUUUUUUCUUUCCCAUGACAUUAUGUACCAGUGUAGAAACCAAAAGCUACGAAAACAGCAGAAGUUUAUAGAACAGCUUGUAUUAAACAGACACAUUUUAGCUCAUGGCCUUCCGGGGGUCAUAAAGAAACAGACUACAAACAUAUCCUUCUAAUGUGGAUGUACAUAAUUGCUACAAGGUAAACUUGGCUCUCUAUUUAUAAUUUUCCUGUCUGCUUUGACCCAUAACUGCGCGCAGUAUGCUAAAAAAUAGCUGAGAGCUCCAUUCUUUAAAUUCUCUGCGCGCAUCAGGCAUGUGAGAUGCGCCGCUCAUGAAGGCAGUCUGAAAGCCCUGACAUGCAAACAAACUGAAAAUCAAGCUGUGUUGUGGCCAAAACACAUCUCCAGUCUGAAACUGACUCGAUUCUAUUUAGUUUGGCCAGGAAGAGAAUCAGGUAAAUGAUCUGUUGUUACUGCUGUAAUGUGCCUGAACAUCCAUCACUGUGCAUUCAAAGGUUGUCAACGUUUUUGAUGCUUUUAUACUUUUCAAUACCACCUGUCUGCAAUAUACGGAAUAUACAUAAGACACACCUGAGAUCUCACAGAAACUUGCAUGAUCAAACGUGACAUUAGAAGAAAAACAAACAUGGAGGGCAAUAGAAAUCCUCAGCUGGCUGUCAUGACAUGCAUUAUUGUUGCAGCAAAAAUAAAAAAAAAAAACAAUGGAAAGAAUCCUGGCUGAGAUAAUGGUAAAGCUUGUUUAUGUCUGUGAGCCUUAAUAGCAUGCAACAUCUGGUUGGUGAUGCCACCAGCUCUCUGCUAUUUCAUUGGUUGUUGCAGUCAUUUCAUCAGUUGUGGUCUGACAUAAAAUGAUAAAAUCUAGUCCUUGCCCAGCAAAACAGAGUAAAAUAAAAACAGAUUCAAACCUAGAACUUCUGUACAUCCUUGCUGCUUUUUACAGGCACCAAUUCACGACCCGCUGAAAGUAGCUUCAUGACCCACUUUUAGGUCCCGACCCAUCCGUUUAGAACCAAUGGUCUAGCAUGUCCCCAACCUUAGUACAAGUAAGAAAAUAAACUUUAAACAUGCACCUAUUUUAUAAGGAAGAUGCACAGGAAAGGGAAAAAUUCUUUUAUAAACUGAGUGAAACUCCUGCCCUUUGCUAAAUUGCUGAAAAACAUUGGUUAUGUUUUUCUGCAGAUUAGGGAAAUUGUAGGGGAGUUACCCUGCUAUUUUUGUUAACAAAAUGCUAGAAACCAGUCAGUUUUGGGCAUAUAGGGCUUGUAUUUUUGCUGCUGUGGUAUUGAAAAGGGUAUUCAAUGUUUGCUAGAUUCCUAUGUUUGUUUACGUUUCGGUAUUUUGACAACCAUAAUGCAUAUUCUCAAGCAAAUGGCCAGUAAUCCUGCCUCUGUCACAUAAAUCAGUACAUGUUUAUCCUCAUCACUGCAGUUGAACAAUGUUUCAGGUAACCAAAGGUGCGGCCUCAUGCUGUGAACAUUUAGGAAGCUUGUGAAAAGUGCUCUAACCAAACCCGUCAGGGCUAUCAUGAUCCCUGAACACGCUGGCUCACAAAUCAAAGUACUUACAUUGUCUCAUGUAUUUGUGCUCUGUUACCUGUGGCCUUAUCAAGGUAAACUGGAGGACACACUCCUCUGGUUUCACCUGAUAGCACCUAUCAGAGGUGAUUUUUUUACCAGCAAGACCAAUCAGAGAUCCGUGUGUGAAAAGAGAUCCCAUUGUAGCAGGUAAAAGGGACAAGAGGAAGCAAGGUGCAGCUGAGUUAUUUAUUGAACCGUUGUACCAAUGUCAAGGCUGAAACAGUGAAGUAUCUAACAUGGCAUUGAAGUGUCCAAUAAAACCCCAUUUUGCUAUGA